AUGGAUCCCAACCCUGUGCUUCGCGAUGGGAUAGAGCGCCUGAUAGAGAGAAUCUUUGGGACCUACCCCGAGGACUAUAGUUUCAGCGACAAGGGACUAAAGUACGACUCUUCAGCUAAUACAGUUAAACACAUUGUGACUUUUGUUGAGGUCUUCCGGCUGUUAAAUGUCAAGGAGCUCAAUGACAAGUCGCCCGGGGAGGGUUGGUCCCGAUUUUAUGAUAUCUCUUGCUGGUCGUCCACACUCGAUACUAGAAGGGCACCCAAACCGUACACAUUCGGAGAGCUUAUUCGUAUGGAUAGCAUUGUAAUUAUCGUAUUGCUCGACUCAACCGCAAACACAAAGGCCAAGAAUGCCAAGGCCAAGAAGGAUUCACAGUCUCAGAAGUGUUCUGACGAUACAGAUAACAGCAACAGCAAUGGCGGCAACAAAAACAGCAAUGUUGUAACCUGCAUUGCAACCACUUCAGCCGCUGCGUCUGUCGCAGCAGCAGCCACCGCCGUUUAUGUUGCAAUUAAAACUGCUGCCGCUGCUGCAUCAACUAUUAACAGCGAGCAGCAGAGUCGCGACUGCAAAAUUAAGCAGCAGGUGCAGGAUGAGAAGGCUGAGCAAAAUCGGGAGCAGUACAGCAAUGUCCAGCCUGCCGAUAAUCUCAAGCAUAUUGGCAAGGUCAAGCGCAAAAUCAGACAGAGGAUACGCGAUGAGUUGGCUGUGCAGAAGCAGCAGGCGCCGUUCGAGUUGGCUGAAGCCGAGUCUACAGCGAUACCCGAGACUUUGUCCAAGCCAAAGCCCAAGAUCAAGCGUGUGCGCAAGAGUCCAUCUUCCCCUGCUUCUUCUCUUCAAAAGAAGCAGCGAACUGAUUAA